CAAACGGUUAAGCAACAAACUGUAUAGACAUCUCUUCUCUCCAUCAGCCCCAUCUCUUCAACUUGCAUGUCCAUUAAAUUCAUUAGAGAGAGAGAGAGAUAGAGAGAGAUAGAGAGAGAGAGAGAGCUGUGUUACAUUAUAGUUAUACACCAAUGGAGACGGUGUCUUCCAUGGAGUCUCCGCUCAAUGUCCUGAGAUGGACCCCGAGCCCUAGCCCUUCGAGAGCUCCUCCGAGACUCGAUGAUAAGGCCAUCGAGAUACAAGGGGUUGAGGACCGGGGCGUUGUCAACAGGCUCUUCCCCUUCAGCUCCGGGUUCAAACUUCCGUCCCUCAAGGACGGGUUAAAUGCUUCGGUGAGUGAUCAGCAGGGGCCAGCCCAUGAGGGUGCCGGCAAGGGUUACAUGGGGGCAGACGGUGUAGGCAGGGUUUUCCUGACAUGGAAAGACCUUUCGGUGAUGGUCCUGGACAGGAAGAACGGCGGUCACCUGCCGAUCUUGCGGCGGCUCACGGGCUACGCCGUCCCCGGGGAGGUCCUUGCCAUUAUGGGCCCUUCGGGCUGUGGAAAGUCAACUCUGCUCGACGCAUUAUCUGGGAGAUUAAGUUCAAAUACCCAACAAACGGGAGAAAUCCUAAUCAAUGGCUGCAGACAGACGCUUGCGUUUGGAACUUCGGCAUACGUGACCCAAGACGAUACACUUAUGACGACCCUUACAGUACGGGAAGCUGUGUACUACUCAGCCCAGCUCCAGCUCCCGGACUCCAUGUCGCGGGCCGAGAAGAAGGAUCGAGCUGAGACCACGAUAAGGGAGAUGGGCCUAGUGGAUGCGAUGGACACGAGGAUUGGCGGGUGGAGUGUGAAGGGCCUGAGUGGCGGGCAGAAGAGGAGGGUCAGCAUCUGCAUCGAGAUCCUGACUCGUCCCAAGCUCCUGUUCCUCGACGAGCCCACCAGCGGGUUGGACGGUGCCGCCUCGUACCAUGUCAUGAAUCGAAUCGCGAAGCUGGUGAAGCAAGACGGGAGGACCGUGGUUGCAGCGAUCCAUCAGCCGAGCAGUGAGGUUUUCGAGCUGUUCCACAAUCUAUGCCUCCUAUCAUCGGGAGAUACAGUCUACUUUGGUCCAGCAUCAUCGGCAGAACUGUUCUUCGCGUCAAACGGCUUCCCGUGCCCGACUCUAAGGAACCCAUCAGAUCAUUAUCUCCGGACGAUCAACAAGGAUUUCGAAACAGACAUUGAACAAGGAGGACAAGGGGGACUGGGGACUGAAGAAGCCAUUGACAUUUUGGUCAAAUCUUACGAGUCCUCCGAGUUCUGCCAACAGGUUCAUCAACGCGUUUCACAUAUAUGCCAAGAGAAGGCAGAAGGAAAUGGGAUGAAGGUCAGGAAGGGAAGUCAGGCGAGCUUCAUUACCCAGAUCCUUGUACUCAUAAGGAGAUCAUUCGUGAACAUGUACCGUGACUUGGGCUACUACUGGCUUCGCCUAGCAAUCUAUAUCGCUCUUUGUCUAUGCGUCGGGACGAUCUUUUACGAUAUUGGGUCCACUUACGGCUCAAUUCAGGCAAGAGGCUCCAUGCUCAUGUUCGUUGCAUCAUUCCUCACUUUCAUGGCAAUUGGUGGAUUCCCCUCCUUUGUCGAGGACAUGAAGAUAUUCGGAAGGGAAAGGUUGAACGGGCAUUAUGGGGUCGGAGCAUUCGUCGUGGGGAACACGUUCUCCUCCAUCCCUUACUUGCUCAUCAUCUCUCUUAUCCCGGGAGCCAUAGCGUACUACCUGGUCGGCCUCCAGAGGAGCGUCGACCACUUUGCCUACUUUGCACUCACCCUGUUCGUGUGCAUGACGCUGGUGGAGAGCCUGAUGAUGAUCGUGGCGAGCGUGGUCCCGGACUUCCUCAUGGGCAUCAUCACAGGCGCGGGGAUCCAAGGCGUGAUGAUGCUAAACGGGGGGUUCUUCCGCCUCCCGGAUGACCUGCCGAAGCUGUUCUGGCAGUACCCGAUGUACUACAUCGCGUUCCACAAGUACGCCAACCAAGGGUUCUACAAGAAUGAGUUCGAGGGGCUGGUGUUCCCAAACAACCAAGCGGGGGGUUCGGCCACGAUCAGUGGGGAAGAGAUCUUAAGGAGCUAUUGGGAAGUGGAGAUGGGCUACUCCAAGUGGGUCGAUCUUGGGGUCUUGUUUGGAAUGGUGAUUCUCUAUAGGCUCAUGUUCUUGGGAAUUAUCAAGGCCAACGAGAAGAUGAAGCCCAUGGUGAGAGCUCUUUGGGCUUCUCAUCCAAGCCAUUCAUCCAAACAAGUCAUUGCGAACCCUUACUCCAAACACCAAAAGUUCUAAGCAACAUUGAUCAGUUUAGCAUGGAAAAUUCCUAGCGCUAUUAGGGAGAGGAAUGAGUUGCAUAUAUAUUCUAAAUUGUUAUGCAAUUGAUAAGUGAAGUUUGUAGUCCUGUCGAGCUUUUCUUCCGGACGUAAGUGUUAUUCUUAGCUGUACUCUUCGAUAGAUUCGACAUAAGUUCAGUCAAUGUAUACAUUUCAUAGUCCAAUAAAAUUUAUAUUGCGUUGUUGGUGAAAA